GCCAGUUGGCAGUACAGUGGGAGCUCGUGGAAGAGAAACAGGGUUGGCCCUUUUAAUUUAUCCAAAAUUUACUUCAAAAUCAGUGAUAGGAGGGAAAUAAAAAUACGCUUAUUGUUAGUUUUGAAAUACUUAAAUCUGAUUGGAAACUAAGUUAACCAAAUAUCCACAACUAACCUUUCUGCUUGGUAGAGGCAAAUUAGCGUGUAGCCAGCUAGUCGCGAGUAGGACGCCAACCUUUCGGUUAGCAAAGCUAAAACUUCAUUCGGCUGUUCGGGACGGGCGAAUAGUAGCCUACUAUCUUUACUGUUAGCUAGAUAGCCUAAUUUCUCCAGUUACAUUGGUAGCUAGAUUCGGACAACAUGUUCAGUUGGAGCAACAAGAACGGAAAAAAAAAAGACCCCGAAUUAUUUCAGACUGUUUCGGACGGUUUGCGGCGGCUCUACCGGACCAAACUAUUCCCCCUGGAAGACACGUACCGCUUCCACGAUUUUCACUCGCCGGCACUGGAAGACGCCGACUUCGACAACAAGCCCAUGGUUCUGCUGGUUGGGCAGUACUCGACCGGGAAGACCACUUUCAUCCGCCACCUCAUGGAGCAGGACUUUCCCGGCAUGCGAAUAGGCCCGGAGCCGACCACGGACUCCUUCAUAGCGGUCAUGCACGGCGAGCAGGAAGGGGUGAUACCGGGCAAUGCGCUGGUGGUUGACCCUAAGAAACCUUUCCGCAAACUCAACGCUUUUGGCAACGCCUUCCUUAACAGGUUUAUGUGUGCUCAGAUGCCCAACCCUGUGCUGGAGAGCAUCAGCAUAAUCGACACCCCAGGAAUCCUUUCUGGAGAGAAACAGCGCAUCAGCAGGGGCUACGACUUUGCGGCAGUGCUGGAGUGGUUUGCUGAGCGUGUGGACCGCAUCAUCCUCCUCUUCGACGCCCACAAGCUUGACAUCUCAGACGAGUUCUCUGAGGUUAUCAAGGCCCUGAAGAAUCACGAAGACAAGAUGCGUGUGGUGCUGAACAAGGCCGACCAGAUUGGCACACAGCAGCUGAUGCGAGUCUACGGUGCCCUCAUGUGGUCCCUGGGGAAGAUCAUCAACACACCUGAGGUGGUGCGCGUCUACAUUGGCUCCUUCUGGGCCCAGCCGCUCCUGGUGCCCGACAACCGCAAGCUGUUCGAGGCUGAGGAGCAGGACCUGUUCCGGGACAUCCAGGGCCUCCCAAGGAAUGCUGCCCUGCGCAAGCUGAACGACCUCAUCAAACGUGCCCGACUUGCCAAGGUCCAUGCCUACAUCAUCAGCUCUCUGAAGAAGGAGAUGCCCAGUGUAUUUGGGAAGGAGAACAAAAAGAAGGAGCUGAUUGCUAACUUAGGGGAGAUCUACCUGAAGAUUGAGAAGGAGCACCAGAUUUCGCCAGGGGAUUUCCCCAGUCUCAAGAAGAUGCAGGAGAUCCUGGCGGGACAGGACUUAACAAAGUUCCAGUCAAUGAAGCCCAAGCUGCUGGAAGCGGUGGAGGACAUGCUGGCCAACGACAUCGCCAAGCUGAUGACCCUGGUCCGCCAGGAAGAGGCGGCCAUGCCCAGCCAGUCGGUGAAGGGUGGCGCAUUUGAGGGCACCAUGAACGGGCCCUUUGGCCAUGGCUAUGGUGAAGGCGCUGGUGAGGGCAUUGACGAGCUGGAGUGGGUAGUGGCCCGUGACAAGCCCUCCUAUGAUGAGAUCUUCUACACCCUCUCACCCAUCAACGGCAAGGUAUCGGGCGCCAGUGCCAAGAAGGAGAUGGUGAAGUCCAAGCUGCCCAACACUGUGCUGGGCAAGAUCUGGAAGCUGUCCGACGUGGACAAAGACGGUUUCCUGGAUGAUGAGGAGUUUGCCCUGGCCAACCACCUGAUCAAGGUGAAGCUGGAAGGGCACGAGUUGCCUGCCGAGCUGCCCCCGCACCUGAUACCCCCCUCCAAACGUGGGCAGGAGUAAAAGGCGGAGAUGGAGAACAGAUGGUUUUUGUGGGACGUGGGGUGGGAGGGGAGAGUGGGGCAGUGUUGGGGGGGGGAUGGAUCUAUGUUUGAGGAUUAAGAGUUCAGCUGUGUAGGUGGGGUAGGCAAAAAAUUAUUUGAGAGUAACAAGGGAAUGGGCAUGCUAGUGGGAUCUUUCAAAAAAAUAUGUUGAAUAGAAAAUAUAGAUUGUAUAGUCCAUAAAAGGAACAUGCGACCCUAAGCUUUAUGUUUAUUCUUCAUUAGAAUGGUUUUAUUUACAUUAUAAUGUGACCAUUUUCUCUUCUUUGUAUUUCAUGAAUUGUAAAAUUUUAUCUUCCUUCUUGCUGUAAUUAUUGAAUUGUGAGGCAAGAAAUGCUUGUGCUCCCAUGUCAGUUCCAUUUUAGGACUUUCACGCAACUAAUAGUCUUUGAUUUAAUUCAGUCUUUAGUCAACCUCCUGCUUAACUAAUCAGAUUAAGGGUGGGAUCAGAAACAUGGCAUUUAGAUAUUGUACUGAAUGUUUUGGAAUGGAACACUGCAUUGUCCUUCCGCUUCAGCUGGUUUCUAUUCCAGUAAGGCAUCUGUAAUGAGACAUAAAGCACUGUAAGUGGACCACAGUGGUAUACAUUCCUGACUCUGGGCCUUCUCCACUGCACAAUUCCUCUUGCUGCCCCCACCAUUCCUCAAAACGCUGAUUUCUGACCAGGGAGCAAAGGUGUAAGAAAGCAGCCACUAAAUAGGUCAUUUUCUCAGCACAGAUCUGAGGUCAGUGCUGCUGAAGGGAGAUGGGAGUGUUGGGGCUGUUCCCAAUGUAACCUAGCUCCCUGUACCUUCACAGCUCUUGCCUCAAAUUACAAGCAGCAGUGAGUGUUGAGUGUGUCACAUCUUGCAGGUAAAGCAAGCAAAAAAAAAACUGGGAUGGAGGGAAAUAAGUGUCUUUCAGAUGCUAGCCCCAGCUGCAAGCCUGAGGCUGUGUGAUGCAGCAAACAGCAGUAGGCCCGAAACAGACCUCUGUCCACUGUGUAGAAAUAAAUAGUACAUUCUGUUUAUCUUGCUCAGUUAUGUUUUGUAGACACACACCUCAUUUAAACAAAAAUAUACAAAAAUGUACCCAUAAAUCUGUGCUCAGCCAACUGCACUAGUGCAUUAGGAAAUUAAAGCCUUUGAAGGUUGAUACAGAGCAGGUCUUUUUAUGGUUCUAUACACAGAUUGUUUGGCCAGUUGUUUUGGUUUGAAAUGAGGAAUAAGAUGGUUGUACCUCUUGUAUAUUUUCUGCAAUAGCUGCUUCACUGUCAUAGUCACACAUGUAUAGAUGUGCACAUUUGUUAAUGGUCUUAGAUGUGAUGACACAAAUUAUCACUGGGUCAGCUGGUCCAUCUCUCAUUUUUUUCUAAUUUCUCAACUUAUUUUGCAAGGGAAAAAAUGUAGUUUGUAGCUGCCACUUUUAGAAUUGCUUUUAAGAAUCCUGACUUAAUACAUUUUUGGCCAGUGUGUGAUGUGGUUUUUAUGUGAAACAUGAACAGGCAUCUAUAUAUGCAAAGCAUCUUCAAUUGUUCUCCCAAAAACAAGGAGUGAUAGGGGAGCUGGCUGGCUGCAAUGAUGCAGCAGUCUCAGAUGCUCUGCACUCUGCGGGAAACAAUGGGCUGUUUCACAAGGAUUAUCAAGCCUUUGUCAGCAUCCUCAGCCUGUUAGAUGACCACGUCACAGCCUUAGCUCAAUUGAAUGACAGCUACCUGCAGUUGGUUUAAAUCUGAAAGGGAUCAGACAUAUCAACAGUAGAACUCUUUUUUUCCCUCUGUAUAGCAGCACUAGGAUCUUUUGUAACACAGCGACUAUCAGGGUAUUAACAUAGUUCUUGUAGAUUUAGGUCUUUUGUAUCUCAUGCUCUAAAAGCAAUUUUCCUCACACCUUCUCCUGGUUUUACCAGGCUUCUGAAUAUUGUUACACAUAAGUAAUCUACCAGUAAGGAAUAUUUUUGAUGGUUGUUUUCAAAGGGUACCAAGUAAGAUUUAACUCAAAUCAGCUCUUUUGUUCAAGAACGUGUAAAAAUGUCUUAAGCUGCAAAAAGAGGUGUAAGAGAGUGAAUCUGGGGAAUAUCUGGCGUCCAACUAAAGCAGUCUGCGUUGUAGGGAUCCAACCACACUUACCUUCCAGCAGCUUGUUUAGCAUCUUGCACAACCCCUGUAUUUAAAGCAAAAGUGCCUCAAUGUCAAUAGCUUUAUACUC